AUGCCGGCUACCAUUUUUGAGGACAGUCUUUUCCCCUCGACUAUAAAUUUCCUCAGUAAGACUUGCAAGCUUCCAUCUCACACAUUAACCAACCCAACCUACAACAUGGAAGACUGCAAGCAUUACACCGGACUUGCACUGGCCGUUGUCGCAGCUGUAGUGGCUUACCGCUACAUCCCAAAAGCAGAGCGCAACAGCCAUAAAUGCGCACAAAGACUUCCCAACCGACGGGAAUUCCUUGACCAUCACCUCCGCAAGACUGUCAACGAACCGACGGAGGACUGCAUUAUAUGCAGAGAUGCCCCCGACAAGCCGGUCCGAAGCGAGCUUUGUGGACAUAUCUUCUGCGAGGAGUGUGCCAGAAACUGGUUCGCCGCGAGACUCGAGAACAAUCGCUGUCCUCAGUGUCAAAUGAUAGUGCUAGCUCAGGGAACGGGGACAUCUGAGCUGUUGCUGAGCACCACGUUCACCGCGGCUGUUUUCUUAGCCACCAUCAUCAAUUGGCAAUUCGUCACCUGCUCCGCCUGGCAAUUUCAUACUAUGGACUGGCAAAGAUUGCUCGUGGCUGCGAAGUUUAUCUCCUCGAUCUCGGCGCUGACCGUUGGCACUCACUUUGGAGUCGAUUUGAUGCGGACCAGCGGUGCAGAUUGGUGGCGGAUGCUCAGCAUGGGCGGAUACACAGACGGCCUUUGCGCUGUAGGGAUGUUGCUCUGUGGUUGCCAUGAAGCAGCCGAUAUGCUACAUUUACUCUGGGUCAGAUCAUAUAUCGUACCAGUUCUGGUCGUUAUAUUGGUUCUGCUAACAGAUGAAGAGCUACGAGAACAUCCGUGGGCAUGGAAAGACGGUUGA